AUGUCGCCUGUCCGGUGGAGCAUUCCGCAGUCCGACUACCUGGGGCUUGCCUUGCGCCCUGAUACCUGGAUUUAUGAAACUAGAGAGGGGCCAGAGGAUACCCAGGACCAUGGUUUUGGGGUGGACCAGCCACCCAGGGACAUGGACAAAAAUGUGGGAGACGGCGACUGGAGGGAGGGGCUGGGGGGUGAACUUCCACAGCCAGACAGCAGGGAGCUCCCGCGAGGGCACGCGGGAGGCAGCAUCUACUCUCCCCCCACGGAGGUCCAGCCAGGGCGCACCGGCAAGAAGCUUGGACAGGGGAGGCGCCAUACUGAUGAGCUGGAGCCCUCCCACACCCUCGAGACUUGGGGUGCAAGUUAUGCAUGUACACAGAGAUGGUUUUCAUCUACCUUGGAUAGUUAUCCAAAGAAACCUUUGACUUCAUACAUUCGCUUUUCUAAAGAACAGCUACCCAUAUUUAAAGCUCAGAACCCCGAUGCAAAAAAUUCAGAUCUAGUUAAGAAAAUCGCCCAGCUAUGGAGGGAACUUCCUGAUGCAGAGAAAAAAAUAUAUGAAAAUGCUUACAGGACAGACUGGCAGGCAUACAAAGAAGAGAUAAACAGAAUUCAAGAUCGGCUAACUCCAAGUCAGAUUGUAUCUUUAGAAAACGAUAUCAUGCAAAAACGUUUAAAAAAGAAAGCAUUAAUUAAAAAGAGAGAGUUAACAAUGCUUGGAAAACCAAAAAGACCUCGAUCAGCUUAUAACAUUUUUAUAUCUGAAAGCUUCCAAGAAUCUAAGGAAAAUUCAUCACAGGCAAAGCUGAAGACUGUAAAUGAAAACUGGAAAAAUCUGUCUCGUUCUCAAAAGCAAGUAUAUAUUCAGCUUGCUAAAGAUGAUAAAAUUUGUUAUGAUAAUGAAAUGAAAUCAUGGGAAGAGCAAAUGAUUGAAGUUGGCCGAAAUGAUCUUAUACGUCGCAAAGUGAAGUACCAAACAAAAGAUGGCACUGAGACAUCUUAAAAUAUAAGAUUGAGUUAUAUCCAUAAUGGAUAGGCUCAAGAAACCAAUUAGGUCUCAAUACCUGAAACUUGUAAAAUUGGAUAAAGUUGGAAGCAUUUUGUAUUUGAUUCUUUUUUCUUUAGCCCAGGGACUU